AUUCGCCGGAGUUUCCAUGUUUAAUUAAUCUUGUCAUUUGAAUCUGCCCUUGCAAGACAGAUCUGAUGAUUCAAACCCCAGAAAAAAAGCUCUCACCUUUCUAUGUCAGCCGUUGAAGCCAAUACCGCGGCGCGCAUAUUUUGGAAGUACCUCCCACACUGUCACACAGAUACUCCAGUAGUCCAGUUCUUCUAAGGCGUUUCGUUGAAUUAUUCGACAGUUUUGUUUUUUCUCAUUACGUUUCCUCCAAUAGAAUAAAUUUCCACACUGAUAUUUAUUGUUUAAAUAUUCAUUUGGGUCAAUUCCUAAUGAGUCCCUAGCAUUUUGGGUACCACGACGAGGCAAGUGGGGGUCCUAGAUCCGCCAUAGAUAUUAAGAAAACGUUAUCGAUUGAUGGGUAGUAAUCCGAACCACUUCAAAUUCUGAUCUGCUCAUCAAUUCAAGUCUUCUAUGUUUCCCAGUAAUCUAAAAGCUAUGAAAACAGCGAAGGUUUUUGGAGUUUCUCUUUCCCUCAUUCUUAUCAACAUGGCUGCUAUAAUGGAGCGUGCUGAUGAAAACCUCCUUCCUUCUGUUUACAAAGAAGUUAGUGAAGCUUUCAAUGCUGGGCCAUCUGAUUUGGGUUAUCUGACAUUCAUAAGGAAUUUUGUUCAGGGACUGGCAUCACCCUUGGCAGGGGUUCUGGUAAUUAACCAUGAUCGCCCUACUAUUCUUGCACUGGGCACUUUUUGCUGGGCAUUAUCAACAGCUGCAGUUGGUGCCAGCCAGUAUUUUUUGCAAGUUGCGUUCUGGAGAGCAGUAAAUGGUUUUGGACUCGCAAUUGUGAUACCAGUUCUGCAGUCUUUCAUCGCUGAUAGCUAUAUGGAUGGUGUGAGGGGCACCGGAUUUGGACUGCUAAGCUUGAUUGGUACCUUGGGUGGCAUAGGAGGUGGUGUUCUGGCAACAUUAAUGGCGGGCCAGCAGUAUUGGGGCAUACCAGGAUGGCGUUGUGCCUUCAUCUUGAUGGCAGCAUUGAGUGCACUAAUUGGGUUUCUUGUUCUGAUAUUCGUCACAGACCCAAGGAAAGCAAUCAGUGUCAGCCAUGCUUCCGGUGAGGACUCUGAUAGGGAUUUGUUGAUUGAGAAAAGCAAAGCUAGUGCAUCAUCCAUCUGGUUGGAGUCCUGGACGGCUACAAAGGCUGUUAUGAAAGUGAAAACAUUUCAGAUAAUUGUUUUGCAGGGCAUUGUCGGUUCUCUACCAUGGACUGCUAUGGUGUUCUUUACAAUGUGGUUUGAACUAAUUGGUUUUGAUCAUAACGGUGCAGCGGCCCUCCUAAGUCUUUUUGCAAUUGGAUGUGCAAUGGGUUCCCUCGUUGGUGGAUUAAUAGCAGAUCGAUUAUCACAACUUUACCCAUACAAAGGCCGGAUCAUGUGUGCGCAGUUCAGUGCUUUCAUGGGCAUCCCAUUCUCAUGGUUCCUUCUAAGAGUGAUCCCGCAGUCGGUAAGCAGUUACUAUACAUUUGCCACAACUGUAUUUUUUAUGGGCCUGACAAUCAGCUGGAAUGCGACUGCUGCAAAUGGCCCCAUGUUUGCUGAAGUGGUGCCUGCUAAACACCGAACAAUGAUCUACGCAUUUGAUCGUGCUUUUGAAGGAUCAUUCUCUUCUUUUGCUGCUCCUUUAGUAGGAAUUCUUUCAGAGCAGAUAUUUGGCUAUGAUUCCAAGUCUAUUGAUCCAGUUAAAGGGUCUGUGCGCGAGGCUUUUGCAUUGUCUAAGGGCCUUCUUUCGAUGAUGGCAGUUCCAUUUGGUUUAUGUUGCUUGUUUUAUACUCCACUAUAUAAACUUCUUAGGCAGGAUUGUGAAAAUGCUAAAAUGGCUGGCUCGAAAGAGACAGAGAUGAUAUAAGUAAGUCAUAAGAGACCUUUUUCUUCUGAAGAAUUGAGCCUGGGAAUGGUAGUUUUGUCGGGCAUUUUCGAUUGUCUUCAGCUACUAACACUUGAUUCAGACAACAGAGAUUACCAGAAUGGAUUUGUUACAUCUGUAAACAUAAUAACUAAGAUUAUUUACAAAUUGACAAAAUGUUUGUUAGUUGAUACUAUAACUUAUUGCAUACAAGAUGCAAGACCAACUGAUGUGGUCGUUAUUCUAA